GUCGCUGUAUGGCUGCGUGCUGGCUGCGUGCUAGGGACUGGGAGGUAUUGGAGCUGCUCGCACAUUUUUCUCUUCUCUGGGAAGUUUUAUUGUGUUAGAACAAUAAACAUGUCUAAUUGUGCGGGGCAUGAGUUUACCCUAGUAAAUUACCAACCAUGGGUUCAUACAACUCUAUUAAGUAAAUUCCGAUAACUCAAGUUCCCAAUGUUUUCAUAAUAUUAUAAUGUACCACCAAUGUUGUGGCACAAACUUUGAUUUGUAGUUGUUUACCUAUUACCAGUUCUGAAUUUGCCGUGAUCAACGUGUUUAUUUUGUCUCAUCAAAGUUAUUUUUUCCUAUGACACAUGUCAGUCAUCAAUCCGUCUAAACCUACUAACCACCAGUCCUUGAUAUGAUACGGAAAUAUUUACUUUUCAUCUUUCUCUACCCUGUGAAAGGUGUUCAUGAUGCAGGUAUACAAUUCAUUGAAGAGCCAAAGGAUGCUAUCGUCGCUCCAGGUCACAGUGUUUUGCUUGAUUGCGUAGCACAUGCUGAAGAUGGAUCUAGUCCUAACAUCAAAUGGCGGUCAUCAGAUGGCCAAUAUCUAAUGCUGCAGCCUGAUGAUAACAGUAAAACCCUAGGCAAUGGCUCGCUUGUUCUCAGUAACGUUUUUUUCGGACAAGAAGGGUGUAGUCAAGCAAGAGAAGAAUACCAAUGUGUUGCAUCUUCUGAAAAGUAUGGAACCAUCGUUAGCAGAACGGCAUCAGUAAUCGCUGCAUGUUUUCAUCCUUUGAAAGAAGGGCGUAGAAACCUUCAAGUUUAUGCGGGAGAAACAGCCUUUCUAAGUUGUUUCAUUGAUGCUCGUCCUAAAGCACAAAUUUUGUGGCUCAAAAACCAAUAUCCUUUGGAUCUUGACCCUCUCCGAAUGACUAUUUUGCCAUCAGGAUCUCUUGAAAUCGAAAAUGUUCAGAUGAGUGACGCAGGAAGUUAUCAGUGCAAUGCCUCAAAUUUUAUUGGUCAUGAAGUAGCUUGGGUUGAACUUUCUGUAAAGUCAGCAGAUGAUGCAGAGAGCUCACUUAUGGCUCCAGUAUUCAUCGCCACUCCUCGUUCUUCCACUGCGAUUGAAGGGGAUACUGUUACUUUUGAAUGUGCUGCAAAUGGUUUUCCAAGACCUCACAUCACAUGGUUGAAAGAUGGUGUUACCAUUGAUUUGGCGGACCUAGAUAGUACAUUCUCUACAACUGGUUCAGGUAGCCUUCAAAUCUCAAAAGUCAAAGAAGAGGACCAGGGAAAUUAUGUUUGCCGUGCCACAAAUAAGGAAGACUUGGCUGAUAUCAGUGCAACCCUGGAUGUUCAAGUGCCUCCAAGGUUCAAUCAGGAACCUUCAACAAAAAUUGCGCAUGAAAAAGAUGACGUUGAGUUACCGUGUGACGUUUACGGUAAACCAGAACCCAAAGUUACAUGGUUGAAAAAUGGUGAGCUAAUCAACUUCAAUGAAUACCUACAAGUCGUACACAGGCAUAAUUUGAAAAUAUCUGGAUCUUUAUCUUUAGAUUCCGGUAUCUUUCAAUGUAUUGCCAAAAAUGAUGCUGGCAAUAUUCAAACUGCUGUUAAGCUGAUCGUUUUAAACACAGGCCAAGAAAUUCCUGAUCUCAUCAGUUCUGAAAAAUCCUCUUCUCUAGCUCCUAUCAAUCCUUCCUCAUUCUCAGGUGAAGCAUCAAAACCAAAACUCCAAGGUGCCUUACCUGCCCCAAGGAAUUUAAGGGCUGUUACAGUGUCAAGAAGAUUCGUAGUCUUACAGUGGCAACCACCUGAACACAUGACAGAAGAAAUUGAUGGCUACGCAGUUUUCUAUCGAGAACAGGGUUCCCUCAGGGAACGAGUAUCAAAUAUUUCUAGGCAAGAGCUGGGUAAUGUGAAUAUAAGUGGUCUUCAACCAGAUAAAACCUAUGUAUUCACUGUGGUUGGAGUGUCUUCGGGUAGACUUGGAGAAAGUUCUGAAUCUCUGACGGUCACAACACAAAAAGAAGUGCAUGUAGCUGGUCCUCCGACUCUCGUCAUUGCCACUGCGGUUUCAGCUUCAGCCAUUUUGGUUCAGUGGCAGGCUCCUGAGUAUGCAAAUGGUCCAGUCGUCAAAUACCAAGUUUUCUAUGUUGAGGAAGAAAUAGCCACCGAGCAUUAUGUGGAAACUGAAGAAACUCGUUACGAACUCACCAACCUUGCUCCUUUUAGUGUCUACACAAUUUGGGUGGCUGCUCUUAAUUCAAAUGGUCCAGGAAUAAACUCAGUAGAAGCUCGUGUGAGAACCUAUUCCAGUGCCCCAACCAAACCACCGCAAAGUGUCACAGCUAAACCAUUUAGUUCAUCGGUUGUCACUAUAAGUUGGGAACCGCCUCCAAGAGAUGGACAAAACGGUAUCAUCACUGGAUACAAAAUUAAGUACAAAAAGGGCGACAAAAAACUUAAAGGAGAAGUAGUCGUGACAGCAGGUGACCGAAGAAUGUAUUCUCUUGAAGAUCUUGACAGAAGCUCGGUUUACCAUAUUCGCUUAUGGGCAUUGAAUGUCAAUGGUAGCUCACCUCCAUCAGAAUGGUGCUCAGUAGAAACUUUCGAGAAUGAUCUCAUUGAGAACACUGUACCCGACGCUCCUGGCUCUUUGAUUGCUCAAGCUACAUCAGACUCCAUUUAUUUGUUGUGGACACCUCCACUUGAUACAAGUAUCAUGGUACGAAGUUACACUAUUGGAUGGGGAAGAAAUUAUCCAGAUAUGUUUACCAAAUCUUUGAAUGGCAGGCAUUCAAAUUCUUUCACGAUCACAAAAUUAAAGCCAAAUUCCGAGUACAUCAUAAGUUUGAAAGCAUCAAAUGAAAUGGGCGAUGGACCCCCUAAAUAUGCCAAUGUUCGCACAUCCGUAGCAAGUCAACAGGAGCCAGCAUUGGAAUUAACUCCACCUAUUGGUCUGAAAGCAAGUAUUUUAUCACCAACUAGUGCCGUCUUAUACUGGUCUGACACAACUCUACCACAAGGACAAUUUGUGACUGAUGAUCGUCAUUACAUUGUCCGCUGUAUGUUGUAUCAUGCUACAACCGCCGGCUCUCGUACAAAAUUUUACAAUGCAACAGACCUAAAUCUCAUUAUUUCAGAUUUAAAGCCCAAUUCUCAGUAUGAGUUUACUGUCAAAGUUGUGAAGGGCAACCGAGAAAGUCCAUGGAGUAUGGUUGUUUUAAAUACAACUCUAGAAGAUGCCCCCUCAUCACCUCCUAUGGAUUUAACAGUGGUUCCUGUUGAAGGAACGCCUUCUUCUGUUACUCUGAAUUGGCAGCCACCAAAAGUUCCCAAUGGCAGAAUAACAGGCUAUCUCGUUUCCUACACUCGCCACUCACCAAAUCAAGAAAAUGUGGUGGAAGUAGAAAAGGUGGUUGGAGAUAAAAUGUCUACAGUGAUAAAGAAUCUCUCUGCCAACACAACUUACUUUUUCCAAAUUCAAGCUCGCACCAAAGGAGGAAUCGGACCAAUGAGCAACAAUAUCUCAUUUACAACACCAG